CGCAAUUCACUUUUCGCUUGAACAGGUGAACAGCUAGAGAGCAGCUCCAUAGAAAUGGCAAUCGCUAACAAGAACAUCAUCUUCGUCGCUGGACUCGGUGGCAUUGGAUUCGACACCAGUCGCGAGAUUGUCAAGAGCGGACCGAAGAACUUGGUAAUCCUUGAUCGCAUUGAGAACCCAGCUGCUAUUGCCGAGCUGAAGGCACUCAACCCCAAGGUGACCGUUACGUUCUAUCCCUAUGAUGUCACCGUCUCGGUAGCAGAGACUACAAAGCUAUUGAAGACAAUCUUCGACAAGCUGAAGACAGUCGAUCUGCUCAUCAAUGGAGCUGGCAUCCUGGACGACUACCAGAUCGAGCGUACUAUUGCGGUGAACUUCACAGGCACAGUGAACACCACCACGGCCAUCAUGUCCUUCUGGGACAAGCGCAAGGGCGGCCCAGGCGGUGUCAUUGCCAAUAUCUGCUCGGUAACUGGCUUCAAUGCCAUCUACCAGGUGCCUGUGUACUCCGCAUCCAAGGCAGCUGCUCUCAGCUUCACCAACUCUCUGGCCAGACUGGCGCCCAUUACCGGCGUGACUGCCUACUCCAUUAACCCUGGCAUCACGAAGACAACUCUGGUCCACAAGUUCAACUCGUGGCUGGAUGUGGAGCCUCGUGUGGCCGAGCUGCUUCUGGAGCAUCCCACUCAGACAACUCUGCAGUGCGCCCAGAACUUUGUCAAGGCUAUUGAAGCCAACCAGAAUGGCGCCAUCUGGAAACUGGACUUGGGUACCCUGGAAGCCAUUGAAUGGACCAAGCACUGGGAUUCGCAUAUCUAAGCUGUUCAAGACGAUUACGGCUAAUUG